AUGAAGCGGAACAAGGCAGAAGAGCCUGCGAGUCCGACAGUACCGCCAAUAGAUCGGAAUGUCAACAGAAUUGAAGUCACGACCGCUUGCGAAUCCUGUGAUACGCUACUGAGAAGAGCCAGAAUAAAGACAGCCCCCAUGCAUCCAACACCAAGCCCGUUGAGGAACAAGAAUAUUUCUAUUGUCCAAGUUGGAGUCGUCAGACUCAGGCUUGAGAAACCUGUCGCGGCCAGUACAAAGAUGCACAUGCCCACGAAUUUUGUUACUGCAUAUGUACCUGUCGCACGAAUGACCCACCCGGCCCCGAGGGAGCCGAUAUAUCGGAAUGUAGUAGAAGUUGACGAGAUAUGCCAUAAAGACGAGGCAGCUGGCCAGGCUUAUCAGCAGCACGCUUGGGAUACCGAGCAGACUGAGAGGUAA